UCUGCUGGAAGAUAAUGAAAAUUUUAUUUUCUCAAAUAAAAUUUUGUGCUUUUGCAUUUCAAACGAUAAAAGACACUGCGGCGAUCGGUUGAUUAAUCUGUAUUUAUUAAAUUUUCUUUUGCUAAAAUUCGAGUGUCCAAAACUUCGUAACUGUCGUAACGUAUAUAUAUAUACAAAGAUCGUUUAUCAACUGUAUACAGCUUUUGUUUACCACCGAUAGGAAAGAGUGUGAUAACAACAUAGGAGAUAACUCGAUCGAGACACACCGCAAAAAUUCGAAAUUUUUCUCGAUGAAAGUCAGAAACAACUCACUCUACUAAUCUUUGAGUUUCGUAAAGACUUGCUGAAGGAGACAAUCACAGGAGGAAAAUCACAGCGGGCUAUACGAGUAUAAACACUGCACAGGACACUACUAGGACACUUCCGUUCGGCAGUGCAGACCAGACAGGACUGAUCUGAUGGUACCGAUCAAACGUUCGGCGAUCGCUACCGAUCACCAACUGCCGAAGCAUCACAACACAGAUUACAGAAACAUAAUGGACAGCAUCAACGAUCGGCUACUCGCCGAUUGGUUAUUGCCACUUUUGCAGGACCUUCUGACGACGCCUCGUUUGUUUUUGUUUUCAAUUUCGGGAGCGGUAUAGAUUGCCCGCAUAUUUCAUGAUAAUAUUUCAGGAUGGACGUAACCUUUUCUGGAAUGAUCCGUUAAAAUUGUCAGUUAAACGUGAAACGAAUUUCGAAGCUGGAUUUUAAUUUAAAAAUAGCUAUUCAAUUUAUUUACGGAAUACCAGUUACGUACUCAUGAUUGGAUUAUUUUUCAAGAAAAAUGUCGACAGCUGCUCCAAAAAAGGAUUCCAUCGCUAUCGCUAAGAAAGAUUCUUUUAAACAUGUCAACAGUUGCUCCAAAAAGGGAUUCCAUUGCCGUUGCAAAGAAAGAUGCUGCUCGUCAGCCGUCAAAAGCGACUUUCGACGUCCCGGCCCGAUCCAAGAGUCGGCUCGUGAGUUCGAUUUCUCUGUCGUAUGCGGCACGACAAAGCGUUGCUUGGAGGUCCAGCGGUCAAGGUGGUUUUAAGGUGCCCAAGUAUCAGAACACCUUCAGACUGGAGCCUUACCUCAGGUUUCAUUGCGAGGUUUCCGACAAGAUACUCGCCGCGUGCAUGAACGAGGCACUCCAGGGUCAAGGCUACAACCCCGAGACCAGCUCUGAUCUGUGCCGUAACCUCGCAGCCGAUGUGCGCGAUCGUUUGUACAGGACCGACUACGAUCGAGUCAAGUACGUGGUAACGAUGACGAUAGUCGAAAACACGGGCCAGUCGGUCGUCUCGGUGAACGGUAGACUCUGGGAUGCCGAGAGGGACACCUACUCCUUCUACGUCUUCGAGAGUCCCACGUUCUACGCUGCCGGUAUGGUCAUGGCAUUGUACUACGAGUGAUUACAAAAAUUAAAGAGCAUAUACGCAACCACGACAGUUAAAAAUAAUCGGCCAAACGCAAAAAUUUAUAUAAAUUUUCAUUUAUUUUAUACAUGCACAUAAUUGUUUAUAUUAUACGAUAGAAAAAUCAAUAACGACGCAAUUCGUUUUAUAAAGGUAUUUCUUUUCAAUAAAUACACACUCUGUCA